UAGCUACUGCGAAGGCUCCUUGAGCUUCCUCUGGUUCCAUUUGGAACCCAAUCCUCUUCUUACCGUCAAAUAUCUCCGGCGAUGCAGGAGGCGGAUCUCCACGAUCUCUCCGACGAUUCCGACUACACCGCCUUGCAGCAACAGGAGUCGACGAGCAGCGUCAACUCCGGUCGGAUGAGCGAUUCCAGUGAAUCCGAGGUGGUGUACUCAAAAGAAAACGUUGCAGUUCACCCGAGUCAGUACGCUGCGGGGCGGAUAAGCGGCCGUCUACGCAUUAUUAAGCAGGGUUCUUCGUUUUUCUUGACAUGGAUACCCUAUAAAGCAACGACUAAUUUAGCUGGCUCAGUGGGGAGAAACUUAAACUCAAAUGUAUCGGACAAAGAGCGAAACCUGUACACCAUCAAACCAAUUUCUUUGACUGAUAUCCACUCUAUAAGAAGACACAUCCCAGCCCUUGGUUGGCAGUACAUCAUUAUUGUCCUUUCAUCAGGUCUUGCAUUUGCUCCCCUGUACUUCUACAAUGGAGGAGUUCGUGAAUUUUUUGCAAUUUUGAAGCAACACGUUUUUGUUGUGAGGUCUCCAGAUGACUCAAAUGUUUUUUUGCUGAAUGAUUUUCAGGAUCCUCUUCAGAAAAGCUUAUCUUCACUGGAGCUUCCAAGGGUUCUUUCAGUUGUUAAUGGGGCACCCAUGCAGGGUUCACCGAAUGAGGUUUCUUCAAUUGAUGAUUCUAUGACGGUGAAUGGCAUUGCUUCAAGUGGCACUUCUACUACUUCUGAAUAUAGUGGGAGACAAAGGCACAAGACCCAUGACCCUACUCAUGAUCUUUCAAUUCAUGUUCUGGAAAAGUUCUCACUUGUUACCAAGCUUGCCCGCGAAGCAACCACACAACUUUUCCGCGAAUUUCAUGACAGUCACGAUCUCCUCUAUGACAGAAAGCAGAAAAAUAGUUCUCCUUUGGAUGCCGCAGCAGUUAGUCUGCUUAAUGAUAAGCCUAAUGAUGCACAAUCAAAGGCAGAUGACAUUGUUGCAUCAUCAGAUUCAACUGAGUUCGACAAAUUAUCGCUCGUAUGGGGAAAGCCAAGACAGCCUCCUUUGACUCAUGAAGAGUGGGUAACUUUCCUGGACUCUGAGGGACGGAUAAUGGAUUCAAAGGCUUUGAUCAAAAGAAUAUUUUAUGGUGGAUUGGAGCACAAAUUGCGGAAGGAGGUUUGGAAGUUCUUAUUGGGAUAUUAUGAAUAUGAAUCGACAUAUGCUGAGAGGGAAUAUCUUGAAUUAGUGAGGAAAACAGAUUAUGAAACUAUAAAAUCUCAGUGGAAGAGUAUUUCGGAGGUACAAGCUAGAAGGUUUACAAAGUUUAGAGAACGAAGAGGCCUGAUUGACAAGGAUGUGGUCAGAACUGACAGGUCUGUUCCUUAUUUUGAAGGAGAUGAUAAUCCAAAUGUUAGAGUUCUACAUGAUAUAUUGUUGACAUAUUCAUUUUAUAACUUUGACCUUGGAUAUUGUCAGGGUAUGAGCGACCUUUUAUCGCCUAUAUUAUAUGUUAUGAGGGAUGAAUCUGAGGCUUUUUGGUCUUUUGUUGCACUAAUGGAUCGCUUGGGGCCUAACUUCAACCGUGAUCAAAGUGGAAUGCACUCCCAACUUUUUGCAUUGUCUAAGCUUGUAGAGCUUCUGGAUCACUCGCUGCAUAAUUACUUCAGGCAGGCAGAUUGUCUAAAUUAUUUCUUUUGUUUCCGGUGGAUUCUCAUACAGUUCAAAAGAGAAUUUGAGUACGAGAAGGUAAUGCGGUUAUGGGAGGUAUUAUGGACACAUUAUCCUUCAGAGCACCUCCAUCUUUACUUAUGUGUCGCCAUUCUUAAGAGUCACAAGAAGAAGAUAAUGGAGGAGCAGAUGGACUUCGACACCCUCCUAAAAUUUAUCAAUGGACUCAGUAAUCAGAUCGAUCUCGACUCAAUAAUCCGCGAUGCCGAGGCCUUGUGCGUCUGCGCAGGAGAAAACGGUGCCGCCUGUAUUCCACCUGGCACCCCACCUUCUUGUCCUGCUGAUUCAGAUGCUGGACUCUGUUAUGCUCAGCAAGAUGAUGAAAUAUUGUGAAGGCUUUCUGUAUAUCUUUGUACUUUCUUUUGGGAAAUUUACAUACACCUCACACAAUUUCUUUGUAUUUUUAUAUGUAGCAUCUAAACCUUGAUGUUUGCAUUCACAACGCUUUGGUGCCAUGAACCCAUGCCUGAAAACGUGUGCUUCACUUUAAAAAGUUUGUAAUAAUGAUGUUUUUUAUGUUAUAUUAAAGAUUAGAGUAUGAUGUAUGUAAAUAUUAAAAUUUAGUUGUUAGAUAUGCAUCUCAUCCCACUCUCG